AUGAGUAACAACCAAGAGCCAACAGUACAGUAUACUGUACGAGUUUUUACCAAAGUAAAGCAACCUGGUGCUAUUACGAGAUCUCUUAACGGCGCCUCGAUGGUUGUCUCGAGCAAAGAAACGUUCGGAACGGUGCUAAAUAGAAGCGGUCUAUGCUCAUUUGUCUGUGAAUGCAAAAAGUUAUCGAUCCGAGUACCAGAGAAUACCUUCGAUUGUAUUGUUCGGCCAGAUUUUAAUAGUCAGAACGUUCUCGACAGUCGCGUCGGGAGACAUCUAUCCGCAAGUGGUGUAUCAGAAAUAAUUUACUACCUCGACCCCGUCGAAAUACCGAGUCGUAACCCGACUAUAUGUUGCAG